ACCGAUGCUUUCGAUAAAAAAGUUGGAUGUUACUUGUUUUACUUUAUCAAUCAAAGUUGACUAUAAAUACACACAUUACUAUUUCUUCUCAUAUCACUCUCAGGCUUGCCAGGCGGCGUUGCUUACAAAAACCUGACAAGCGAAACAGAGAGUUUUCUGAGGAUAUUUGAUUUUACCGUUCUACCCUCGUAACUGAAAACGGCAAAUACGUUUCUUCUUUUUUGUUUUCUUCUCCUUUCUGUUUUUUGUUUGUGGCUUUAAAUUUUUCCAAAUUAAUUCGAAAAAGAGAGAAGUGAAGAAAAGACUCGUCAGUGAAGGAACAUUCGCCGAGAUCAGAAAAAACGCAGACGGAGAGAUAAAUGAUCGAGACUGGAAGGUAUCUUCUCGGCGCCGCCGGUGCUAGCGGAUUCGGCUCUAAAUCCACCGCCGAUGAGGUAACGGAGAACUGCGACCUUCGUUCCACCACAGCGAUAAUCACCGGCGCGACGUCGGGGAUCGGAGCGGAGACGGCGAGAGUUCUGGCGAAACGAGGAGCGAGGUUGAUUUUUCCGGCGAGGAACGUGAAAGCGGCGGAGGAAGCGAAAGGGAGGAUCGUCUCUGAGUUUCCGGAAACGGAGAUCGUCGUUAUGGAGCUUGAUCUCAGUUCCAUCUCUUCCGUACGGAGUUUCGUCGCCGAUUUCGAAUCUCUCGAUCUGCCUCUUCAUCUUCUCAUAAACAACGCAGGCAAAUUAGCACAUGAACAUGCAAUAUCCGAAGACGGGAUCGAGAUGACAUUUGCUACUAAUUAUCUAGGCCAUUUUCUCUUGACCAAUCUGUUGCUAAAGAAGAUGAUUCAAACGGCAGAGGAAACAGGAGUUCAAGGAAGGAUCGUUAACGUCACGUCGGGCAUUCACGGCUGGUUUACCGGCGACUUGAUCGAAUAUCUCCGGCUGAUUUCUCAACCCAAGUGUCAAUUCGAUGCGACACGUGCGUAUGCUCUCUCGAAGCUUGCCAACGUUUUGCAUACCAAGGAGCUCUCUUCUAGACUCCAGAAAAUUGGAGCGAACGUGACCGUAAACUGCGUACACCCAGGGGUCGUUAAAACUCGGUUAACUAGAGACCGGGAAGGCUUAUUGACAGAUCUCGUAUUCUUCUUGACUUCCAAGCUCCUUAAGACCGUCUCUCAAGCAGCAGCAACGACGUGCUACGUGGCAACUAAUCCAAGUUUGGUGAACGUAUCGGGAAAGUACUUUACGGACUGUAAUGAAACGACGCCGUCGGGACUCGGAUCCAGCUCCUCCGAAGCUACCAAAUUAUGGGCUGCGUCGGAGAUUCUGGUAACUCAACAUUCCAAGGCCGGCUUCGACCCACUUAACUAAAGAGAACAAAAAAAGAUGAAGUCAUUAAUUAUCUUAUAUUACAUACCCUAGGAAAAUAUUAUAUUGAAAAAUCUUAAUAGAUGAGAAAAAUAUUAUAAAGUUUAGUUAAUACCCCUAGAAAAAUAUUAUAGUGCUAUCAAGAGUCUUGUAAACAUAUAGAUAUGAUAAUUAUACAACAAGUGUUCUAUUUCUAUACUACUAAUGCGAAGCUGAUGUAUUUAAUAGCCUUUGUUUAUACGUAGUUAUUAUAUUAGUAUAUGAGAUUUUAA